AUGAUAAAGAAAGAUAAAAUGAAUAUAGAACAAACAGGUAGCAAUAAAUUCGCCUUUGGAAAGCAAAAUGAAGACAAUCUUAUCAUUCAAAAAACAAAAAACAUUUUUAAUCCCAUAAAUCAAAGUAAAAUAAUUGAAAAUAUCGAAAAAAACAGAUUUGGAAUAAAAUUAUACGAUAACAAUCUUGAAUAUAAUGAUAAUAUUGAAACUAUAAUAAAAAAGGUAAUUAAUGAAAAAAAUAUUUACUUUUACAAAAAAUACCCAUCUUAUCUUCUAUACUUAAGCAAUGAAAUAGAUCAGGAAAAUGGAAAAGAUGCAAAUAAUCCAAAUGACAAUUAUAAAAUUCAAGAUAAUAAAAAAAUAUUUUUUAAAAUUCAAAUUCUCCCUAAAAAUAUGGCAAUUAUUUACAACAUUGUUCCAAAAAAUUUAAUAGAAAAAAUUUUAACUAUAUGCGAAAAUAAAUAUAAAAAAAGUAAAACAUCAAUUGGUUAUGAAAAUGAUAAACAAGAAAAUUAUAAAUUAAAAAAUUCAAUAAAUAGAACAAGUUCAACUGUAUUUUUAUAUACCAUUCGAAAUAAAUCAAUGAUCCAAGAAACACACAUCGAUAACGAUUCUACUAUAAUAUAUACCAAAGAUCAAAGUAUAAUAGAAUUAGAAAAUACUAUAUGUGAUCUUGUUAAAAUACCUUUAUGUUAUUUAGAACCAUUAGCUAUAGUUAAAUAUGAAAAAAAUAAUUAUUUUAAUUUACACCAUGAUGGCUCAUUUCGGAGAGCCACACUUUUAAUUUAUUUAAAUGAUGUAAAUAAAGAUGGGGAAACUAUAUUCCCUUAUUAUAAUUUAUCAAUUAAACCUAUUCAAGGUUCUGGAAUAUUUUGGUAUAAUAAUAUACCAAUAGAAAAUGAUUACGCAAUUCAUUAUUGUACUAGUAAAAUAAAACAAUUUUAUAAAAAUUUUAUAAAAAAUACACAUUUACAACCAAACAAUCAUAUCCCUAUUGAAAAAAAAACUCCAAUUAUUGAGGAAGACGCCCAAACUAUGCAUUACAACAAAAAUUCAAUCAAUAGUGAUAUAACAACAUUUAACAACUGUUGCAAUUUUAAUAACAGACAAGAUACAGUUUCCACUCUUUAUACAAAUAAUUUGCCUAAUCAUAAUAAUUUUUCUAUUAAUGAAACAAAAGAUCUAAUUCAUUUUUUAAAGAAUAAAUCAAAUUUACAAAAAUUUUCAAUUGGUCUUGUAAAUGAUGAAUUUGGUUAUAUGUACAUUACUGAUAUGACUAUGAUACAUCAAGCUAAUAAAGUAACAGACGAAUAUAAAUACGUUAUAAAUUGUUUUUUCAAUAUUAAUGUGGUUAGGAAUGUUUAA